UAGCAGUAGCAGCGCUAGUGUGUUGCAGUAGAGCAGAGCAAGCCCCUGUCUCUCUCUCUGCACGUUCCUCUGCUCCCCAUCCCCAUCAAUAUAUCACUCCCCACUUCCCCUUCCCUCUCUCUCUCUCUCUCUCUUUUCCCUCGCUCUCUCUGAGCUCUUCGCUUAUUGUGAUACAGAGCCAGAGAGAGAGAGAGACCCACUUCUCUGUAACUCGAUCAGAAAUAAACAAUGGAGGACAUGUACGGUCUCUCCUCCUCAUCAUCAUCAGCCCAACCCCAUGACUACUUCCCCAUCGACGACCUCCUCGAUUUAUCCAACGACGAAAUCUUCUCCAACUCCUCCUCCACUACUUCCUCCACCGACUCCCACCACCACCACUACUACACUCCACCGCCACCUCCCCCAGCUCUCUUCCACCCCCCCUCCACCACCGACUUCACCAACGCCCUCUGCCUCCCGAGCGAGGAUGUGGCGGAGCUGGAGUGGCUGUCGCGCUUCGUGGACGACUCCUUCAGCGACUUCCCGGCGCCGCCGGAGCUCUCCGGAUCCAUGUCCCUCCCCAACGACAAGUCGUUCUCCAACCGCGGCCACGCCAAGCCCAUUCGUCAAGCGGAAGGCUCCGGGUCCAUCCGGAGGUGCACCCACUGCGCCUCGGAGAAGACGCCGCAGUGGCGGACGGGCCCAUCGGGCCCGAAGACGCUGUGCAAUGCCUGCGGUGUUCGGUACAAGUCGGGUCGGCUCGUGCCCGAGUACCGGCCCGCGGCCAGCCCGACGUUCGUGCUGACUCAGCAUUCGAACUCGCACCGGAAGGUGAUGGAGCUCCGGCGGCAGAAGGAGGUGUCGUCGCAGCAGGAAUCCGAGGAGGAGGAGCAGCAGAGGCGAUUCUAUCUUCACCCGAAUGGGUUUCGAGUGUGCUGACGUGUCGGCGUGUGGUGAAAUGUGAAAUUUGGGAUUAGUAAUGUGGUUUUGAUACCUCUGUGGUUAUUUUAUCAAAAUUUCGAAAGGUUUUAAAUUUA